CAAUCCUUUUGCAUCAGUCAGCAUCAUGAAGCUUGCCUCUUCUCUCUUUCUCAUCGCCAACGUGGCUACUGGAGCACUUGCUCUUAAAGGAGAUGGCGCCGCGUGUGAGUUGAACAUCGAGUGUCUCAGCGGAUACUGCAUGCCUCAUACAGGCUCGGACCAAUACGUAUGCUGGGGUGAGCGCCGUAAGGGAGACUGGUGCAACGUCAACUUCACCGGAACUGUGUGCAACAGAGGACUGACGUGUAAAUCUUACCAGGGAAGCUUCUUCCUUGGUAAGUGCACCUAAAGGCAGCUAGGAGGUCCUAGCUAGAUAAGUAGUAACACUACAUCAUAUAUGCUUAUUCUCUUGAC